AUGAAGACUUUCCAACUGCGAUACGGUCUAAGCCAAAAGAGAGCCAACAAGCGACGCAAACGUAGAAUUACAUUGAUUAACAAAGCCCACGAGUUGGCCACAAAGUGUGAGGCUCAAGUCUACGUUCUCAUUCGCUACGGUGGUAGAUACUACACGUAUAGCUCUCUUGAUAAGCCUUCAUGGCCUCCAUCACCACACGAUAUUCAGAGCUCCAGCUAUCCACUUCCUGUUCAGCUUACUGCUUGCGAUCUGUCAAACUCUGAUAAUGCGGGAGUGGAGACUGUAGGCAGCAGCCUCCAGACUGCGAAGUUGCUGCCGCCCGUGCCAUUACCACGGUCGUUCUCAGACCCCGAAAUCACUCUGUCAGAGCCAAGCGAGCAUUCUUGGACCGACACUGAUCCACUGGGCCAUGAGCUACUUUACGGCCAAGGAGAGAUGGAGGCAUAUCAGGCUUCUGUCGUUGGCAAUGACUCGUCACUCUCCAAGGCUGCUAUCGCCAUGUCUACACUUUCACCAUCAAUGACUUUCCAAGUGCUCGCCUGGAGGUUGCCUGCUUCUAUCAACGAGUUUGAGAUUUCCCUCCCUCUGUAUCCUACGAUUGUGGUAGGAACUCGAGUCAACGAUGAUGUCCCAGAUCCGGCUUCAUAUGGCAGACCAUUUCAUGACGAGAUAUCUGUUGAUCGGCCUUCAGGAUUGCACGGGUCGUACAUUGCCGAUGUGCAAUUUGGCCGCCCACCUCCUGAGUUGAGUCUCGCAUCCUUUGGUGGACGAUCUAGCGACUGUGACGAAGCUGUCAUGAUGGAGACAAGCGGGACUCCCAAACUCUUAAUGAAGCUCAUCCACGAUGAAUAUGUCCGGACCAAUAUUUCCUUCAAGCUGAGCACGCACGGGGAAGAGAAGGAUCUCGGAAGACAACAACGUGGAUAUUUAGAGGCGUCUGUGGGCUGGAACCAGAAAAUCAUGGCAUUGAUGACCGCUAAGAUCUUCACGCACAUUCAUUGA